AUGUUUCUCACACUAGUUGCAAGUGUUCAAUCAGUGGAAGCCACUGAAGUUACAUUUGGUCCAGGAAGAGUCAACUUCACAGGAAUCAAUACAACAACAAUUGUUCUUCCUAAGAAGACAGAUGAAAAGGAUGUUUACUUCGUAAUCCAUAAUCCUUUUGCAUUUUUGACAGAUGGAAAGAAGAUCCCAGCUCCAGUUUAUAAAAAUGUUGAAGAAAUUAAUCUUACAUUCCGCCAUCAUAAGAAGCCAUUUCUUGAAUACACAGUCAUUGGUAUUGAAGCUAACCAAUGCGAUACAGUUGAUUUUGUUUUCGGUGGUCACAAGAAUUUCACAUUUGGCAACAAGAAGUUCGACGAUGUUGAAUUAAAGAAUAAUACAAAGGCUUGCGUUGCUUUUGUAGCCCCAUUUGAAACAAAUUACACUGUUAAAGCAAUCAAUGCCUCUGCCAGUUCCUCAAAUGAAGCUUAUGAUUACAACUUUGAGAAUGGCCAGACAGUUUUAGACACAACAACAAUUAAUACCACAACAAUUGUUGCUCGCCUUACAACAACAGAUGCUGCCUCUGGUUUGUUCAUUGUUUCUCAAAGACCAAAUUUCCCACAUCCACCACAUAAUGGAACAGAGAAGCCAAACUUCCCACAUCCACCACAUAAUGAAACAGAGAAGCCAAACUUCCCAAGAAAUGAAAAGCCAACAUUAUUCGGCGGAAAGUUUGAUGGAAAGAAGGAACGCAAAGAUCGUCCACAUCCACACCCAGAACAUAUGAGUUUCCGCUUCCAUGUUGCUGCUGAUAACAGUUCAGUCAAGUUCAGCCAAGUUGCUGCUGAAAAGGAAAUCCCAGAUCAUCGCAACGAUGAAAACCAUGAAAGAAAAGAUUAUAAUGAUAGAGACAACAAGAACCAUGGUGACCACAAGGAUCGCAAUGGAAACAAUGGCAGAAGGACAAAGACUGUUUCCCCAAGAACACGCACACAAGCAAGACCAACAGGUGGUUCAAGACCAACAGGAGGAAACAGCGGUUCUUCAUCAUCAAAUGAAAAGUCAUAUGAUAACUCAAAGAAGCAUUCGAACAAGGCUUACACACUCGGUCUCUACAUUGGUGUACCAGUCUUAAGUGCAGUUAUUGUUAUUGGAAUCAUUGCUGCUGUCAUCAUCACUUGCAGAAAGCGUAAGAAUAACGCUGAUAUUACAAAAGUUGAUUCAAUCGAUCCAGAUGACGAAGAAGUCAGGGUUGAAUAUAAUGCAAGUGUUAAUGAUCAACUUCUUGUUUGA